AUAUAUAUGAUUGACUAAAGGCUAUUUGAAGAAAGCUGCUGGGUUGCAAAAUAGUUUUCAUUGUAUUUUUUGUUUUGAGUUUUGGAAAUAUAUAUGUGGCUCUUUUUAUGUGGCAUCUCCAUUACUGGAGGCUUGCAAUCAUGGUAACCCAUUCUGUAUGAUCCUCUGCUAAUCUCUUUGUGGAUGAAUAGUUCUUUUGAUCCACACAUAUCACAUCACACUGUCCAUCCAAGAUCUUCUUUUUCUGUCUUGUGCUCUUCUGUCAUCAGCUUUACCUUGCAGUGCGUGUAAACAUGAAUCACCCACUGAAGCUCUUAAAAUAUGCCCUGCUACUCAAAUCUUUUAAUAAGAUCUCUAAUUAGAUUUUGCUGAGUUCCAAUCAUCUGCAGUAUUUCUUUGUUGGUUACGGGGUCUAUCCAUGAUUUUUUUCUAUAACACCAUAAUUCGACGGAUUGUAGUUUCAUUAUGAUUGAUUCUUUGAAUAUCCAUGUUUCAUAGCUGUAAUUUAACAGACCAAAUGUAAGUUCUGAAGAUUUGGAAUUUAGUCUUCAGACUUAUGUCCUUCUGAGAUGUUUAUUCUUCCAGAAUGACUCUUUUGCUCCUGCUAUUCUGGUGUUGACUUUAGUAUCAGAUCUUCCAGUAAUGAUGCUUCCUAAGUAGUAAUCAUUUCUCAAUUGCUGUACAGCACUGUAAUUAACUGGAAUCUUGCUUGUUUUCCCAGGAUCCUUGUAUACCACCAUAGUUUUUGUUUUAUCUCGAGUUGAAUGUGGAUCAUAUUAUUUGCCAUAUUCAUACAUAAUUUCCACUAACUUCAUCAGACCUAGUUCUAAAUCAGCCACCAGCACCGUGUCAUCUGCAUAGCAAAUGUUAUUAACCCGUUUUCCAUUACUUUUAACAGGGGCAGCUCCAGGCACCAGCGCAGCAAACUCGUGCCUGGGGCGGCAAGCCGCGGGGGGCGGCCUGCCAGUCGAUGUGAGGGCGGCAGUCAGGCAGCCUUCGGCGGCAUGCCUGCGGGAGGUCCGCCGGUCCUGCGGUUUCGGCGGCAAGUACGCCAAAGCCGCGGGACUGGCAGAUCAUCCGCAGAAACGCCACCUAAUCCGCGUGACCGUGGACCGCCUGCAGGCAUGCCUAACUGAAGCCCGCCUAACUGCCGUGCUUGGGGCGGCAAAAAACAUAGAGCCGCCCCUGCUUUUAAUAUAUCUAUUUUGUCAAUUAAUUAAUCAAACGAACACUCACUAUAAAUGUUGAAUAAAAUUGGUGGCAUUAUACAGCUUUGGCUCACUCCUCUCUUGAUAUCCAUUUCAUUUUCAUCUUCCAUUACAAUUAUACUGGAAUCAGAAGGCAAUUAUAUGACUCAAAGUUCAUAUCUCUUAGUCCUUACACUUAAUAUAUUGAGCAAUAUGUAGUGGUAGAUUCAGUCAAAUGCUUUUUGGAAGUCAGUUAAGCACAAGUAUAUUGUUUUCCCCAUUUCAGUUGAUUUUUCUAAUGUGAUCUUCAUUAUUGUGCUCUUUGUAGGUGUGAAACCAUAUUGUUGUUCACUUAUUUUCUUAUCAAUCCCUGCUCCCUUGUGGACUGUCUUUUUGCUAGAGGCUAGGGUUCCAACCUGAAAAAAAUGGCUGCACUUGAUUCUUGAGGCGUUUGUGGAGUAUUAGUGCCAAAGUUGUCAUAAUCACCCAACUUAACAUUCCUCGACUGCCAUGCAGUCUGACUGGCCUUCAGUGUGAACCGGUGCCCUGCAUGGCCAGACAUGUGAAACUGGUGACCACAGGAAUGUAAGGGGACUGAAUCAACCUAGAAAGCACCCAGUGUAUGCGGACAAAUGGAAAGGUGAAAUGUUACAAUAGGAUUGAGAUGUUCUGUAUAGGUGGAGAUGACUUUGUCACAAGUCUUCUGAGCAGCAAAGAAUACAGAGUUAUCAAUGUAGGUGGAUUGUGAAGUGGGAAAGGAGUGGGAAUUAUGGUAGAUAGAACUAUAGCUGAAAGGAUUGAAUAAGUGAAUCUGUCAUCUGAACCUGUAAUGCUAAUAGCAAUAAAAGCAUGUACAAUGAUUAUUCAAAUAUAUGUCCCAAGAAACUGCAGAUUCUGAAGAUGAUGAUGAAAAAUUCUGUGAAAACACUGAAGGAAAUCAGUGGUGGAAAGAAAGAUAUAAUGGUAAUUCUUAUCGGAGACUAGAAUGCAAAAAUGGAAGUGGAAAAAGGCCAACUUCACAGAUAUUAUUUGGUGCCAGUGAAAGAAAUGACAGAGAAGAAAGAUUCAGAGAAUUUUGAGAGACAUGGUCUCAUUAUCUGCAGUCAUUUUCAACAAAAAGAAAGCACAAAGCAUACAUGAGAAUCACCAGGAGGGAUGAAUAAAAACCAAAAUUGAUUUGAUCAUGAUCAACCAUAGGUAUAGAAAUUGUAUUAGGAAGAUUAAUGUUAUGCCAAGCACAGAUUGUGGAUCAGAUCACAGAUUGGUAAUGAGGAGACAGAAUAUAAAACUGAAAAAUUUACACAAAGUCAAAUACCUUGAAGCUCUGAGGACUUAGGAGAUGGAAAGUCACUGCAAAGAAGUGUUGUGGAUCAUUAAUGCAAAUAAAGACCAAGUGACUUGGGAAUGUCUGAAAGAUGCUAUCAAAAAUCUGCAGAUAAACCUGUAUGGUAGAAGUUACUAGCUAAGACAUCCCAUGGAUAACAUAUAAAAUCAUUGCUCUGGUGUAUGAGAGAAGGAAAGUAAAAACACAAUGAUCAACAAAAGAAAGGAGUACUGAAGACCAAUGUGGGGGUCAUGCAUUCAAAAAGCUUCUUGAAAGACUCAUUGACAAUGCAUUUUGACCUUAACUGUAAUGAGUUUAGCGGAUUUAAAUAUGGAUUGAGCAGAUGUGAAGCUUUUCAUGGAAUAUAUUCCUCAUUAUGCAACAGAGUCAGAAUGAUCUCUAAUCCUGCAUAACCUGCUGAAUGGGGAAAACCUGUUUUAUUCUGAAUAUCUUGUAUCAAAUGCUUCCCCAAUGCACAUGUGCUACAUGAUCACUGCACUUGCAGAGCAGUCUGCUCUUAGUAUGACACUGCACAGAGUCAUAUCGUUUCUCCCACUGGGGAUCCUUUAUUUUCCCCAUGUAAAUUCACCAUGUUUCUAACCAAGAAAGAUGUGACAGGAAUACUUUCUUUUACUUUGCCAGUGCCACAUGAUAAUUGUCCAGAAAAUCAGCUGUUCAUUGUUGCAAGGAAUUUGCAAUGUACUGGCUAGACUAUAGCACUGCACUUUACUGGAUCAGACCUGCUCAAAAAUAAGCCCUAACACAAAUGGUAGACACCUGCUUUUGGAUCAGAAUGAUUGAGUUCUUUCCACACUCACUGAUGAGGAGGUCUUUGUUGACCAUGGAAUUCUUACAAAUUCCUGUUGCGGUCCUACGAUACUCCAAGCUCAAAAUCAAAACGGUGUAUACUGUCAACUUGGAAUCUCGUUAUUUGCUAAUACAGGGAGUUCCUGCUUUGGGUGUUAUGAAGGAAUUAGUGGAACAAUUUGCAUUAUAUGGUGCCAUUGAAGAGUACAAUGCUUUAGAUGAGUAUCCAGCAGAACAAUUUACAGAAGUUUAUCUUAUCAAAUUCCAAAAAUUACAGAGUGCAAGGAUAGCCAAGAGAAAACUGGAUGAACGGAGUUUCUUUGGUAGUUUGCUUCAUGUGUGUUAUGCUCCAGAAUUUGAAACAGUCCAAGAGACUAGGGAGAAGCUGCAAGACAGGAGAAAAUAUAUCGCAAAAGCAACAAGUAAUAGAGUUCAUUUUGUGGUAAAGAAGAUACAGGAGCCUAAAAAGACUGUUUCAAAGAACUCAGAACAUGACUUUCAACCAGAAACCUUAGGAUUCAGUGCAGCAGGUGCAAACACUGGUAACUGGGAUCCAUCUGCAUGUUGUCCUUACCCUUACCAGCCAUCUUGUGAAUUUUCAUCAAGAAACACAGCAUGUCCUUCAGGAGGUCACUUUCAGAGAGUGUUGGCAUUCCCUCAAUAUGUCAGUAACUGUGCUGAAACUUCUGAAUCCUUUUGCCAAAGUAAACCUUUGACUCAAAGUGCACAACAGGGGGGAUAUACUAACACACCAGUUUCACUUGUGCUGCAAAGAAAAGUUUCUUCUGAUAAUGGAAUUGGGAGAUUUAUGCCCCGCACAACUCAACUGCAAGAGCGAAAGAGAAAGCGAGACCAAGGCAAUCAAAUUGACUUCAUUGGAAUAGACUCGGAUAGUACCGGAGUCAUUAUUGGUCCACGGCUACCAGAAAUACCAAAAGUGGACAUGGAUGAUGAUUCAUUGAAUACUUCAGCAAGUUUAAUUAGAAAUAAACUUACGGAGGUAGCAGUUUCUGUUCCAAAAUCAUCUGGGGAAAAGCCAGAAGAUACUCAAACAAAGCCACCAAUAAAGCAGAGAAGAAGAAUAUAGAUACCCCUGGCAGCAUCUUUGAUGAUCAUCUGUCUUUAAAGGAUGUAAUUUCAUUUUUUUUUAUUUUUUUAAUGUCAAAGGUAAAGAAAUAUUAAAUUGUCUGUAUAUUAUAAUGUAUUUUCUAGCAGUAGCAUAAACAUUCAUGAUUCUAAAUCUUGUAUUUUUUGACAUUUCAUUAAACAAAUGUCUAUAAUUAGUAGCAUUCUUGUAUCUCAAUAGCCAGACACACCGAUAAUAUUUUAUACCUCAUGAAACACUAACUCCAACUCCUUUAAAAGCCAUUUGUUAUCCUCUUACCCAUUUCUUCAGUAGCAAGUAUACUGAAGUUAAGGAAUGUGGAGAUGUAAUAUUAAAGUAAGAGUUCUGACUUGCUGCUGUUUUUACUGUCUUAAGAAAACUGAUGCAGAGAAACUGUCCUUUGCAGCAGUUUUCCAGUUGCAGAGCUACAUAUCACCAGUUUCUCGGAAUGCCUGCAUUUCAAAUGCCAUGCUGCUCUGUAAAAGAAAGAAGACACAACGUGACAAAAUAGUUGUAAAAUAAAAAAAAUUAGUUAAACUAGUUUAAGAAAGGAUGAAAGGUAUUCAGAAAAUAAUAGUGCUAAAUUGAGGCUUGUAAGAGUAAACAAAUUACUGAACAUUUGAAAACAUCUUUCCAAUUUCUCAGAUACCAUCUGGCACUUCGAUAAUGGAAAUUAAAUGUAAAUGGCUUCAAGGCAGAGAACUUAAGUCAGAACAUUCAAAGUGAUGGUUCCUUUGGGAAACCAAAGGAUACAUAUAUGUAAUACAUGUUAACGUUUUUUAGAAGGUCUCUCUCUAUAAGUCUAUAUUAUAUAACUAAAGUAUUGUUGUAUGUAAAGUAAACAAGGUUUUCAAAAUG